CUUUCCAUUUUCGCGUCUUGGGGACGUUCUCUACUACUUAUGAUACCUCCCUACCUACCUACCCAUUUUCGCGUCUUGAGGACGUCCUCUACUACUUAUGAUACCUACCCUACCUCUCCAUUUUCGCGUUCUGGGGUAGUAUCAUCGCGACUCAACUGACUCGCUGUCUAACCAUCCCACAAACCACAAACCAUCAUGAAUGACCUCAUGUGGGGCCGAGACAAGACAAGACAAGACGAGACAAGACAGCUGAAGCAGCUCCCAGCUCCCCCAAGCUCUUUCUCUCCCUGUCAGGGUAGUACCAUCAAUCAUCAGCCGCCACUCUGUCACAUCUCAUCCUCUCCUCCUCACCUUCCCAGAAACCCGCACACGUCAAACAGCGCCGAGCCGUGUCUCCAAGUCUUGGCCAAGACUUGGUCAAGACAACUUGGUCAAGACGGAACUUGGUGGGAUGAAGAAAAAAGAACCAUCUCGAACGCGACCGAGCCGGGUGAGGCGUAAGCCGAAUGAGCACAGGUACAGGUAGGUGCACAAAGUCCAACACGCACCACCAGCAAGCAUUACUUCCCUUGCUCUAAUCUAGCACUGUGCAGUCCUCCGUAGAUUACUUGCUUGCCUGCUUGCCACCUAGCAUACUUGCCUGCUUCUAGUAAUGUAGAAAUUGAUUAAAUAUUGGCCCUAACACCCAGCAACUCAUUUCGGUUGUUUAGCGGGGGCUGCCUUGGGGGAGAUAUGCUUGUGUAUGCACUGGAAAGGAACG